AUGCUUGCGCUUUUUAUCAGCGCAGCUUUUUGUCUGCUUUUUUCAAAUAUCAAUGCGUUGACAACGGAUUUGAAGAUGCCCGGAGUUCUUCCAGAGGUUUGUUCAGAUUUAACAAAAAACCCCUUAUGACGUCAUUUUUCCUUCCAGGCUGAUUCUUAUCUUUGCACUUCCGUGCCUUUAACUGAAACCGAAAACUAUUUGACGGGAUUCGAGGCGAUCGCUCAAAAAGGAACCGCCCAUCAUAUUUUGCUGUUCGGAUGUGAAGAACCUGGAUCAGAAGAUUUGGUUUGGGAUUGUGGAGAGAUGAACAAGAGAUCGGAUGAGUUGGAAAGAGCACCGACGUGUGCUAACAAACCCGCUAUUUUGUAUGCUUGGGCUCUUGAUGCACCAUCUCUUCAAUUACCUAAAGGUUAUGAGUUAUGAAAACUAAAUUGUGUUUAGAAAAUUUUGCUGUUUCAAUUUUGAGCUUAAAAAAAGCUUCUCUGCCUAAAAAAAUCUCGAAAAAAAUUCCCGAAAUUCAAUUUUUUCCCCGAGUAAAUAAAAUCAAAUGUGUCUGUUCCAGAUGUCGGAUUUUUGGUCGGCGGUGAAACUCCAAUUCGUCAUCUAGUAAUGCAAGUUCACUACAUGCACGAAAAAACAGAAGCCGAUGAGACGGGUCUCCGAAUCACCUAUACAGAUGAACCGCAGCCAAAAUUGGCAGCAACAAUGCUUUUGGUAACUGGUGGUGUUCUUCCAGCCAACAAAACCGAAUCAUUCGAAACCGCGUGUGUAAUUGAGGAAGAUGUUGAGAUGCAUCCAUUUGCAUUCCGAACUCAUACACAUCGACACGGAUUUGAUGUUUCUGGAUGGCUUGUUGAUGAAGAUCAACAAAAUGAAGAUCAUUGGAGUUUGAUUGGUCGACGUGAUCCACAACUUCCCCAAAUGUUUGUUCCAGUUUCAAAUGCAUCAAUGGUUAUUCGACAGGGAGAUAUGGUGACAGCUAGAUGUGUUAUGAAAAAUAAUGAAGAUCGAGAUAUUGGAAUGGGUGCGACUGGUGAUGAUGAAAUGUGCAAUUUUUAUAUUAUGUAUUGGACUGAGGGCGAUGUUAUGCAAGAUAACACAUGUUUUUCACCUGGAGCACCUGAAUAUCGUUGGGUUUCGGAGGCUGCUUUGAAUCAUAUCCCAAAAUAA